AUGAACAAAGUACCUCUGAAGUGCCUUUUUAAACAUUACCAGCUGCUUGAUUAUGUUCUUGGGAAGAAGCAUUCUGCACUUCUACGACGAGCAGAGCUCAAGACUUUGGUCGACCUUCAUGGCAAUAAGGCAGGUAAAGGUGGCGAGUUGACACAUGAUGAGACCACUAUUAUAAUCGGAGCUUUGGAUAUGACCCUGAAAAAGGCUAAUGAUGCUAUGACUCCCAUCUCUAAAAAUAUUCCCACUUGA